AUGACGGCUGAAGUAAAUGUGGCACUGACUCUCCAGGUGCCUGAUCUAGAAGCUAUUGAUCUAAACAGCUUAUCCGAGACCUCGUCUACCAUUUCAAGCUUAAGUGUGCACCAUGUGGGUGAUAAUGAUCAUGAUGUAAACAGUUUUAAAUCAAAGCAGCUUACUAGUUCUGCCUUGAACAAACCCACAGAGACUGCUCUAUAUCUUACAUCUGAUGGUAAAACGUUCAUCAACACGUGCAUUGCUUUUUUGGGCUCAGGGGUAUUAGGUCUUCCAUAUGCAUUUCGUCAGUGCGGUAUUUUGAUGGGGUUAAUCACGUUACUAGGUGUAGCUGCAUGUAGUACCUAUGCUAUGAUACUUGUUGUACAAUGCAAAUACAAACUAAAGCAACAAGGAGAAAGAAUUACAAAUUAUGGAGAGAUUGGCUACUUUGCGAUGGGUUAUGCCGGUUCUUUUAUUGUAAAUAUGGCACUCGUAAUCUCUCAGACGGGAUUUUGUAUUGCCUAUUUAAUUUUUAUUGCUUCCAAUGCAAACAAAUUCCUGGAUGUGUCAAAGCAAUUGGUCGUGUCAGUGUGUGUGCCUCCACUUGUUGGGUUAUCAUUGCUAAAACAUAUGAGAGAGUUGGCUUACGUAGCAGUCAUUGCUGAUUUGAUGUGCAUUCUUGGGCUUUUGGUCGUGCUUAACAUUGACUUGACUUAUAUGGAGCAGGACCAUGAUGACAUUAAAGUAAUAGGCGUGGUGUCUGCCGUACCAUUUUUCUUUGGUGUGGCUAGCUACUGCUUUGAAGUUGUGAUCAUUACGUCGCUGUAUGCUACUUUUGGUAUCUGUGGAUACCUCGCUUUUGGCAAUGACACUGAUGCUGUCAUCACCCUCAACUUUGACGGUGGCGGCGGGUUGGCUAUUCUUGUUCAAGUUUUUCUGUGUUUUGGGCUCUUCUUUACGUACCCAGUAAUGCUGUUCCCGGUCUUUGAAGUAUUGCAUCCAAUGAUGGCAUGCGGCAAAAAUCUCGAGAGCCCGCAGCCCAGUCAAAUGAAGGGUACAGUUUUGCGCGUGAGCAUUGUAUUUUUCACUGCUGUUGUGGCUGCUGGAAUUCCAGAUUUCGGUCGGUUUAUUUCGUUUAUUGGCUCGACAUGCUGCUCGUUGCUGGCCUUCAUAAUGCCAGCAUUCUUUCAUUUGUGUCUAUUUUGUGAUGAACCGCCGACCUGGAAAAGUCGAUUGCACCAUUUUUUGUUGUGUGCAAUGAUGAUCUUAGGGUUUGCAAUGCUCGGUGUCGGGGUUGUCGAGGUUUUCAACAGCGUACACUAG